AAUCCUCAAUUUCCAACUUAGCAUCUUGGCAGGACGUUUUCCCGAGCAAAGCCCCCUCGUCCGACGGUAAAAAAAAAAAAACUUGUGCUGCAUGGCAUGAGAGCCUCCGAGCCGAGACUCAGAUAUCAGGAACGGCCGGAAAGCGACGCGCCGAGGAGGAAGAGAAACCUGGCGCUCAGAGGCUGCCGGCAGCGGCCGAAGUGAGAGAGUGCAUGAGGAGGACUUCUCUGCGCAGUUGUAUUCCUGCUCCAUAGUUGUUCGGUAGUCGGGGACAGACCGCGGUCUGCUGGUCACAGCCUCUAUGAGCUGCUUCCACUGAGAGAAUAACAAGGGAAAAGUGCUCCAGUCGUCUGCUUCGCCUUGACUUGUCUCGGGGUUCCAGCAUGGCGUAUCCUCAGGGCUACUUGUACCAGCCAUCCGCUUCUCUGGCGCUGUACUCGUGCCCGGCGUACAGCGCGGGCGUGAUCUCGGGACCAAGGACCGAGGAGCUCGGGCGGUCCUCGAGCGGGUCCGCCUUCGCGCCCUACGCCGGGUCCACCGCCUUCACCGGCGCGUCGCCCAGCUACGGGUCCCACCUGCCGUACGCGGCGGACGCGGCGGCCGCAGCGGCGACCUUCUCCUCCUAUGUGGGUUCUCCCUACGACCACACCACGGGCAUGGCCGGUUCGAUAGGCUACCACCCCUACGCGGCCCCCCUGGGCUCCUACCCGUACGGGGACCCGGCCUACCGGAAGAACGCUACCCGGGACGCCACCGCUACCCUGAAGGCCUGGCUGAACGAGCACCGCAAGAACCCCUACCCCACCAAGGGCGAGAAAAUCAUGCUGGCCAUCAUCACCAAGAUGACCCUCACGCAGGUGUCCACCUGGUUCGCCAACGCCAGGAGGAGGCUAAAGAAGGAGAACAAGAUGACCUGGACCCCCAGGAACCGCAGCGAGGAUGAGGACGAGGACGAGAACAUCGAUCUGGAGAAGAACGACGAUGAUGAGCCCAACAAGCCGAGCGACAAGGGGGACUCCACUGACACCGAGUCAGAUCAUAAAUCGCUGCACCCAGGGGACCUGCAGGCGUGCGACCGCUUCAAGGAAGAGACGCACGGCACUAGAGACAUGGAUCCCCUCCUCAGCGACUCGGAAUUAAAAGAGCAGGACGAGCGGACGGAUCUGCUGCUGUCUGAUCACACCCUAGCCAAACCCACCACCUCCUCUCCUUCUGCCGCGCCCCCCCGGGGAACCGAACUGCCACACGCGGAGCAGCGCGACAAACCCGCAGACUCGCACCACGUGGGGCCCACGGGCCCGGUGAACAGUAACGUGACGUCGGUCAUCCACUCGCUCCCGUCGGCGCCGAAGCCCAAACUGUGGUCGCUGGCGGAGAUCGCCACGUCGUCGGACAGGUGUAAGGGCAGCAGCGAGCCACUGCCGUUGCCGUUGGGCCACGGCGCAGACGCGUCGCCCCCCUCGCGCUCGUCCCCGCACUGCCACCUCCCCAACAGCAGCACCGUGUUGUCGAGGCCCCUGUACUACACGUCCCCAUUCUACCCCGGCUACACGAACUAUGGCGGCUUUGGACACCUGCACAGUAACCAGGGCCCCGGCUCGGGGGGGCCCGGGGCCCACCUGAACGGAUUAAACCACCAGACUGUGUUAAGUAGAGCAGAGGCGCUGGUCAGGGAGAGCCACAGAGUCAGAGGCCAGACGCAGCAGGUAGAUCUCUUUAAAGACUCCCCUUAUGAACUAAAGAAAGGUAUGUCAAACAUUUAAAUCUGCACGGUGGUUCUUUUUUUUCCAAAUCACGUGGACUAUCUAUUUAUUUUAUUUGUUGUGGUUGCGUGGAGAAAAAAAAAAGGAAGAAAAAAGAUUAAGGGAAAAUUCUGACGACAUUUAUUUUUUCUGAGUAAAUGCUUAUUCUCGGAUUCAAUUUCUGAAUGGUUUAACCCAUUAAAAUGUAACAAGAAUGGUCUUAAUCGCUGCUGCAGCCGCCUGAGUCUAUUUGUAAUAAAGACUAACAUGUAUAUUUAAUGUAGCAUUUUGUAUUUAAAAUGGACAAUACACUAUCUUUGAAGUAAAUUAUCGAAAAAAAAAUCACGUGUGCAGCGAUUCAUUGGGGGUUCAAGGGCCAGACGAGGUAUUUGUGAAUAAGGUCUUAAUAUGAUGCUAACGAUUCCUUCCCCUUUCCUCUUCUUCAUAAAGCCCACAGCCUGUGUGU